AUGGCAGCAAAAAUGGAGAAAUCGGAUGAGACGAGGGAAAUGCAAUCAAAAAAUCAUAGGAAUGUUCUGUUCAUACCAACUGCUUCUUGA